UUGGUGUUUUCAGUUUGGGCAUGAACAAUACAAUGAUUUAGAUGUUAUUAAUUAAAAAUGAUUGUGUGUGUUCAUACUUGAAACUUUGAUGAAGAUUUGACCAUAUUAUAUUAAUUUAUACAGGAACAGAGGUGAUUUCAAAGGGCUUACACUUACUUUUUCUUGCCACUGUAAGAUUUGAAUGAAUUUCCUAUGACAUCUGGGCACUGGGCAGUUUUUAGCAAACGUUAUGCAAGCAGGAGUAAGUAGUGCAUCUGUUUAGAUCUGUUCUAAGCUGAGGAUUUGAUGCAUUUGUGAGUAUUAAGUGCAGUAGGAUGUGUAUGAUGGCCUCACAACAAGCUGCAGUGCCCAUGUUUUGUGUACUGGAGGAACAUGUCACAUGUCAGUGUAACAAUGUGGCUCACUGGUGUCUUUUAAGUUGUUUUUGGACAACAAUGGAGCUGUAUGGCACGGAGGAAUAAGCUACACCAGUCAUUAAGUUAUAAUUAUCAAUUCAUUGUUUGUUUUGGCUUUUUUCCCACUGAAUCUGGUGAUUAUAUUAAAAAUAUAAAAUAUAACAAGACAUAUCCUUUAAGAUGUAAAAUGUUUAACCUAAAAUCCCUCAGACUAAAUAUGUCCAUGUAGGCCUACUGUAGGUCUGUGCACACUUGUCUAUAAAUAAAUGUGCUUAUUUCUGUGCGUGGCAGAUCCCGACUUGUGAUUGGUCAGCUUUAAAAUGUGCGGGGCGGUGGAUCUGAUUGGUGCAACCCAGUCUCAGUUUACGCUCACAGAGAAGCGCUUGUUACAUACUGCGUUACAUUCUGGCGUGGCGGUGCUAUGAGGCUGAUACGUGCCCCGCUCGUUCGGGAUGUUUGGGUCGCAGUCUGUCACAUAGGCGACUCUCUGGUGAGCUGAAACAAGCUUGCGUCAUGCGGUGGUUGAAACUUUACUACUCCAGAGUCAAGCGACGCACUUGAAAGAGAUGGGAGUAAGGAUGCUUCAUGGGAACCUGCUGCAGGCUGCUUGGCUGUGUUGUCUGUUGGCGGUUCAGGUGCACAGCUGUCCUGGUACCUGCAGUAAGUGUUCAGGCCCAGAGAGUGACCAGUGUGAGGAAUGCAGAGCAGGAUGGACACUCCAUAACAACAGCUGUGUAGACAUUGAUGAGUGUGGCACUGAGCUGGGCAACUGUCCUUCCAGCAGUUACUGCUUCAAUACUGAGGGGUCCUUCGAGUGCAGAGCCUGUGACUCGGCCUGUGUGGGCUGUAUGGGUAGCGGACCAGCACGCUGCAGGAAAUGUGCCUCUGGGUACAGACUGACAGGGUCCAAGUGUUUGGACAUAGAUGAAUGUAGUGACAGGGUCCUCGCCUGCCAAGGCCUGGAUGAGAUUUGCACCAACACAGACGGCUCUUUCCGCUGUGACUGUGCUAAAGGAUUCAUCCGCAAGGACAGUGUUUGUGUGAAGAAGCAGCUGCCCAGUUCUGAGGAGAAAGGUCUGUUUGAGGAUAUCCAAGAUGAUGAGGUGGAGGUGCUGCAGCAGAUGUUCUUUGGGGUGGUGAUUUGUGCUCUGGCCACACUGGCUGCUAAGGGAGAUUUGGUCUACAUGUCUGUAUUCAUGGGAGCAGUGGCAGCCAUGGCAGGGUACUGGCUCUCUGACAGGGGAGACCGUUUGUUACAGGGCUUCUUAAAGGGACGUUAAAGUCCAAAACUGUUGCAAAAAGGACUUAAACAUUUCAUAUGGUAGACGGACAAAUGCUUAUGCCACUGUUCAAGCAGGUUAAUCAUGUGCAUUCACUUGUACUAUGGACAAUAUAAGUUAUUGACAUGAAAAUAUUUUAUGCUGUGAAAGAUGUUCAUUACUGUCACACUUCUCUUUCUGUUAGAGAAAUAAUCAUCAUUGAACAACGACAGAAACACCAUGAAAACUUUGACAAAAAUGUCAAAUAGAACCUUGUAAUUCCAAGGGGACAUUGUUCCUGAGUUAACGCGUUGCAUAAUGCCUACAAGUGUUUCUGCAGAACAUUAUGAUGUCACAGUGAAGUUGAUCUUUGACCAUUUGGGCAUAAAAUAUCAUC